AUGACGACUGUUCUUAAUACUUCGACUGCUGAAGUAACAGCACCAACCAGUUACGUCUCACGUUGGAUAGCUCAAAGUCAUAAUGCUUAUCAAAACAAAACCAAUGAAUUAUUUUCACCAUUAUCAUCGUCUUUAUGUGAUUUUCGAACACCAACAGCAUCAUGUCGAACUCUCCCGACAAUAUUUGCACCGAUAAAGUCACCUGCCAUGAGCAAACCACAAACAACUACAUGGCAAGCACAGGCAAAAUCGCGUUUAGAUGCAAAUACAAGCGCUCUAUCAGAUCCAUCGAUGUCAAAUGUUCAACCAGAUAAUAAUGUUCUUCAAGAAAAAUUACAUCAUGUUCGAGCUCUACUUGAUGCUAAAAAACAACGUUUAUGUCGUCAGUUAUCAUCAUCACCAGUAUCAUCGUCCUCUUCUGGCUCAGAUCAAGUGCAAUCUUCCACUGCAGUAGGAGAUCAAUCAUGGCCUCCUCCUCCACCGUGUUUAGAAAGUCCAGCACUUGAGAAUGUCUAUCUUCCACACGAUGAACCAACACCAUCAUCAUCAGGAUAUGUCUAUCAUUCUCCAUCGAUAUUACCAUGUUUAAUGGAAGAAUCACCAAGUGAUUCGGGUCUGAGUGACAAUACGAAAACGACACACAAUGAUGACAUGAUCGAGUCGACUACGACGAAAAGUGCAGCCAUGAUCGAUUUAAGUAAACCACUAUCGAAAGAAGAAAUGUUAGCCAUCAUUCAAGUCGUACGAGAAUUAUGGAAGAAACAGUUUGGAAGCGAAAUCUUGGAUGUGCAUAUCAAAGCUGCUGUGCCACCCGCAAAUAUCACCGUUAGUCGACGUACUGGUAACGGAGAACGAUCAUCGUAUUUAUCAAAUAAUAAUAAAAAUCAAUAUCAUUCAACGCCGGCAUUGAACAAAUUGAGUGCUGAAUUAAGUGAUAUUAAAGAUAAAUUACAAAAAUUCUCCAAUGGACGUGUUCAGAUCGACCCACCGAAAAUCGUUAUAACCGAAGAGAAAGAAAACGAACCUGAAGACAUUCCAAUUUUUGGUGAAAGUCUCGUAUUCAUACCACUUGGUGACCCUCUAACCCCGCAUGAUCUCGAGCGAAUGCAAGCCAAAAAGGAGGCACUUAUUCGUCGGCAAAUUCUGCGACGUGAAGCACAACUAAUUCGUAAAAAUGAACGAUUGACAUCUGCUUAUGAACGUCAGAAUGAAUAUCGACUUUACGAAGAGUAUACUGCUCACCGUCGACAGGAAACGGAUCUUCGUCGUAAUACGAUUCUACAAGCACAUAAAGAGCAAAAACGCUUAGAAGCUGAUCCUCCGUCGUCAAGUGAUUAUUACUUUGCUGCGGCUCGAAGUCGAAAUCGGUUGAAACGUAAAACGUCGAUGACAUCGUUUGUUUCAUUCGAUGAUGUUAGUUUCGGUGAUUCAACAUUCGAUUUGAUAAGUAUUGCGAGUGGGAAAAAAUCGAAUCAAGCACCAAAACGAACCAUGACGAAAUUUGAUAUCAUGUCUCCAACUAUCUUAGCGUCGACGAAUUCUUCUCGAUCGAAAAUGAAUCGCGCAGCUAGCAUUUGUAAUCUAAAUGAACAUUAUCAAUCGUUCACAUCAUUACAUUCCAAAGCGACAGGCCCAUUGAGAUCUGCGCCUAAACCCGCAUCAGCAUUUGGUGGAAGUCUGAUGAAUCUCUCCAUGUUAAAUAAUAAAAAAUGUACACAACAACAUACGCAUGCCUUCGGUUUUCUCGAUGAUCCGUUUGAUUUAACCAUUGAUUCCCCAUUGACUGGUUCAGUUUCAUCGUUAGCUUUAUCCAUACCAUUAGGUUCACAUCUCGCACGGAGUCAAUCACACAUCUUGACAAAAACCAACAAACAAGCCAUACUGAAUUCCCUUAAACAAGUCGCUCUAGCUGGACCCGCUAACGAACGACAACGUGAACUAAUCUCCCGAGAAAUUGAAUUAUCCGAAGCCCGACAUUUUGUUCUCCUCUUUCGCGACCAUCGUCUUCAAUUCCGUGCUGUUUAUGUGUAUAUACCCGAAACAGAUAUUAUCGAAAAAUUGUAUGGAAUCGGGCCUAAUAUAAUCACUGAAGUCAUGGUAGAAAAAUGGUUCAAAUACAAUUCUGGUGGUAAACGUUUCACAAACAUUCCUAUCAGACAUUUCUCUAUUCAAUGUGAUGGCAUUACUAUUCACAAUGACUUCUGGCAGAAAAAACUACUCAUGCAUCUCAAUCGAUUACAUUAA